UGUCUAUAUAAACUUUACGAACUAAACUGUAUGAAAUGUUUUCAUCAUGAAGUAUCACUUGCUGUUUAUUGUGUUUUUUUCUGGAAUAAUUAGUAUAAGGACCCUGGAAUUGGAUGAACUUUAUAAUUUUGUAACCAAAGAGUUGGAUAAAAUACAAAAUUAUCAGUUACCUAAAAAUAAUGAAAAACUUUUUCGAACUUCUGAUUCAAAAAUACAUGAUUAUGGCAAAUAUGACUUCAUCAUCGUGGGUGCUGGAGCCGCGGGCGCAGUUCUAGCCAAUAGAUUAUCAGAAGUAGCCAAUUGGGAGGUUUUAUUAUUAGAAGCCGGAGGUGAAACAAAUGAUUUCAGUGAUAUACCCGCUUAUGAUAACCUUUUGCAGCGAACAGAUAUGAAUUGGGGUUACUACAGUACACCACAAACAACCUGCUGUCAAGGUAUGGUAAAUCACCAAUGUGUUUGUCCAAGGGGGAAAGUGAUUGGGGGAAGUACUACUCUAAACGGCGCCAUAUAUUCUAGAGGAAGUCCGUCAGAUUAUGACGAUUGGGCAUAUAUGGGAAACACCGAGUGGAGCUACGAAAAAAUUCUUCCGUAUUUUAAGAAAUCUGAACAUGUUGCUUUCAAACCUUACGAUAAAUAUUACCAUGGUGAAAAUGGUUUGGUUUAUGUGAAUUAUACGUACCCCGAAUCAGUUAUCGCCAAUACGUUUCUACGAGCAAAUAUAGAGAAGGGGUUAAAAGAAAUCGAUUAUAAUGGACGUGAACAGUUGGGCGUGUCACGGAUACAGUUUACCAUUAAAGACAGUAAACAUCAAAAUAGCGAACAUUCUUUUUUAGAUGGCGUUAAACAAAGAAAGAAUCUGAAAAUUGAGUUGAACGCUGCUGUGAAUAAAAUUUGGUUAAAAAAAGAUGUGGCCGAAUCAGUUACGUUCAUCAAAAAUGGUAUUAUAUACAAAGCUGAAGCUAAUAAGGAAAUAAUACUAGCAGCUGGGGCUAUUAAUACACCUCAACUAUUGAUACUUUCUGGAGUAGGACCUAAAUCAGAACUAGCACAAUUAGGAAUCGAAGUUAUAAGAGACUUGCCCGCCGUUGGGAGGAAUUUACAAGAUCAUCCAAUGUUUUUAAACGUUUUUUUCAGAACUAACGUUUCUGCUCCACAGCAUACGGUAAAAGAAAAUUUAGAAUUGUAUUUACAGGGAAAAACUCCUCUUACGAAUGUUGCAGGAUUAGAAUCAAUAGCUUUCUUUAAUUCUAAAACUAUCACUAGCGGAAAGCCUGAUAUAGAAUUAUUAACUAUCCUACCUCCAUUAAGUGUACCAUCUGAUAUUAGAUUUUCUUUCAAUUUGCAAGAGGAAGCCUCGAAAAUUUAUAAUAAAUACAACACUCUUACAGAUUUUCAAAUAGCAAUGAUAUUAUUGAAACCAAAAUCUAGAGGAAAAGUUACAUUGAAGUCUAACAGUAUUAUAGAUUUUCCUCUAAUAGACUUCAAUUAUUUCUCCGAUGAAGAAGAUCUAAAAAUUAUGCGUUAUGGUAUAAAAUAUGUUUUGAGUUUACAAAAUACCAGAGCGUUUAAAUCUGUAAAUGCAACUUUCAUAAGCGAAUACCCGAAUUGUGAACAUUUGAAAGAUGAUGAAGAUAAAUAUUGGAACUGUGCUUUCAGACAUAUGACGUCAACAUUAUAUCAUCCUUCAUGUACUACGAGAAUGGGACAAACUAUAACAGAUUCGGUUGUAAAUCAAGAUUGUCUUGUUCAUACUUUCCAAAAUUUAAGAGUGGUCGAUGCAGGAGUUUUACCUGAUAUUAUUAGAGGACAUCCUAUGUCUACAAUAUAUAUGAUUGCUGAAAAAAUAUCUGAUUCAAUAAAAAAGAAAUUCGGAAAAUUGGUUCCGUAAACAUUCUUAUCCUUUGAUAAAAAAAUACGUUGCAUAAAUUUUUAUAGCAGAAGUUUUGAGACUGCGUUGAGAGAGUUUAAACCUCUUUCCGCUGUGACAAAAAUUCUGAGCAAUGGAAAAAACACUGCUCGGAAAAGACCCGAUGAGGUUUUGUUCAUUGCUUUCUUCUAUAUUACGUUAACAUGUACCACAAACAGUUUUAGAGCAUAGUUCUGCUGAAAGACUUCCUGUAGGUCCAUAUCCUUCUUACUAGCAAAUGUAGUAUUAUAUCCUCAUAAAAAAUAUUUUGAGGACUACGAUUUGCCGACAGAAACCUUCCAAAACUACUUUUUUUGAUUUAUUCAAUGUUGGAUUUCAAAUUUCAUGUAAAUUUCUUAUCUUUUUCAAUAAAAUAUUGGAUCACA